ACAGAACCCGAUAAAAACAACUCAAAUGCGUGGCCUCGUCCUUCUCCUCCUUAACAAUUAAGGCAUCAUAUUAUCACUCAUCGUGGCCUCGUGAGAAAAACUCUCAUCAACGCGGAAAAACCAACAAAUAGAAAUAACCAACUUCCUUCAUCUCACCUCCAUUAGAGAGAGAAAAAAAACAGCAUCAAUGGGUUUACAAUGGAUGCUACUCACCUACGCAGUUGCAGCUGAGGCCGCCAUUUUUCUUCUCAUCUCUCUUCCUUCACCUAAGCUCGUCAAAACUCGCAUCGUUUCUCUUAUCUCUCUCAUCCUUCAGCCGUUAAUGUUCAUCGUCCCUUUUGCUGGCUUUCAGCUUCUCGAUAUUUAUUGGAAGUAUGAACACCGAUUGACGUGUACUUCUGAGAUCUGCACUGCUUCUGAGAGGGAUCGCUAUGAAAAAUCGAUGUACAAAUCUCAGAGGAAUGUGAUUCUUUGUGCUUCAGCCUGUCUUCUCUACUGGUGCAUCUACCAUGUGUGCAGGUAUUACAAGGAUAUUCAAAACCUGGAGGAAGUUGAAAAGAGGUACAAGAAGCUGUAAACUUCCUAAGCUUUCACCUGUUUCUCUACCACAACAUGGAGAUUAGAAGCUAGUUAAGGCGGUUUUUGAUGUCAGGAUACACACUUCAGCUACAGGAGGCCCUUCUCAUUGUCUUUUUAUUUCAUUUUUUGUUGUUGAAUCUGUGGAUGGAAUUUAUUGUCUAUAGAAACUUAAGUAGAUUUCUCUUUGUACGUUACCUGUAAUGGCUGGCCUGUUCGCCAGAAUUUACUGUGAAGUUGUGAAUUAUUUUAAUUUAAACGUAUCUAUCUUAUACAAAGUAUGACCUUAUUAGCUCUUA